CUACGCAUGCGCGGCACUGCACGUACACGUGCUAGUGCUGCGAGGAUGGCGGAGCGAGGAGAGUCCUCUGACGACGAGCCGACCAUCGCCGAGGACGUAGUCGUCACCAAAUACAAGAUGGCCGGAGACAUGGCCAACCGAGUGCUGAAGUCAGUGUUGGAGGCAGCAGUAGAAGGUGCUAGUGUCCUCAAUCUAUGUGAGAUGGGAGAUAGUCUCAUUCUGGAGGAGACUGGGAAGGUCUACAAAAAAGAGAAAGAUAUGAAGAAAGGUAUAGCGUUCCCCACCUGUGUGUCUAUCAACAACUGCGUGUGUCACUUCAGUCCCCUCAAGUCUGACCCUCCAGUCUGCCUCGCUGCCGGAGACCUCUUCAAGAUAGAGCUGGGGGUACAUGUGGACGGCUUCAUUGCAGUGGUUGGACACACUGCUGUUGUAGGAGCAACAAAGGAGUCACCCGUGACUGACAGGAAGGCAGAUGUGAUAAAGGCCGCCUACCUGGCCUCCGAGAUUGCCCAUCGGAUGGUCGUGCCUGGAGGAGAGAACAUGGCGGUGACAGAUGCGAUCCAGAAGGUGUGUCGGUCGUUCGACUGCAACGCGUGUGAGGGCAUCCUCAGCUACCAGCUCAAGAGGAACAACUACACCACCGAUAAGACCAUCAUUCUCAACCCCAACGAACAGCAGAGGCGAGAGCAGAAGAGCUGUGAGUUCAACCUGUUCGAGGCCUAUGCCAUCGACCUGAUAGUCAGUACGGGAGAGGGCCGUACAAAGACCCAUGACACACGGACCACUGUCUUCAGGAAGACUGACGACACUUAUCAGCUCAAGAUGAAGGCCUCGCGAGCAUUCUACAGUGAAGUUAGCAGUAAAUUCACAGUCAUGCCAUUUUCGUUAAGAUCAUGUGAGGAGGAGAGCAAAGCAAGAAUGGGUGUGGUCGAGUGUCUAAACCACAAACUAGUGGAGCCGUUCAAUGUCCUCUACGAGAAAGAAGGGGAGUUUGUUGCACAGUUCAAGUUCACAGUUCUACUAAUGCCCAAUGGACCACUCAGGAUAACAACGGGAGGGCCACUAGACCCUGAAGUGUACCAAAGUUCACAUUCACUGGCAGACCAAGAAUUGAUAGGUUUACUAGCUACCUCUGCAAGUCGGAAGCAAAAGAAGAAGAAGAAAAAGGUAUGUAUACAAAAAAAACUGUAGCAACCAAUUAUCCAUCUCCUCCCUCUCUAUAUAUUUAUACUGCUGCCACAGGGAAAGACAACUGACUCUCAAGAGGUAUGUACAAUACUUUCAGUACAGUGUCAAACCAAUAAUCAUCUCCUUACCACCCUUCUCCCUUUCUCUCUGCCCUACAUACAGAUUGAGAGCACUGCAGAAACAGCGGCAGACUAAUUUUUCUCUUCUAUAUAAUAUGUGUAAAAUUGUACUAUUCUAUGAUCUCUUAGUGAUAUCACUCGAAUUUUAAGCUACAGAUCACAAUCACAA